UUUAUUUAACCGGAAUCUUGACCAGUUUUGACCGACUCUUAUUUAAACGAUUUUAUCACCUGCUCAGCUCGGCUUGAGCUCCGGUUCCCGGUUAACCCGGUUCAACUGGCCGGUCUGAGCCGAGCUUAACAACACUGCCUCACAACUGAAGCGAACUCAUAUUACAUUGACUUUGAAGCAUUUGGUUUUAGACUUGGAGAAAUAUUAUAUCAUUUUAAUUUUUUUUGUUACUUAAUAGGUUUCUAAAAUUAUUUUUCAUUCUAAUUUAGAUUUGAGCCGGAUAAACUUUUGUCGAGAAACAAAACUUUAUCAACAAAUAUUUUAAUUAUUGCUUUCUAUUCGCGAGUUCGAACUCGUAUCAUAAUUAAACUUACCUAAUAUUUUUGAUUAUUUAUCACUUGAACGAAGUGUUUAUUGAUUACUUUAAAUUCAUCACCUGAAAGCGAUAUUGAUAUCGGGAGGGGAGGGAAUAUGCUGUUUAUGUUUAAUUCAAAUAUCCAUUAAAAAAAAAGAUAUCCUUACACGAAAACAAAAAUCUAAGAACUUUUUGGCUCUUAGUGUGUAAGAUUUUUAAAGAUAUUUUACAGUUUGCAUGGACAUAUGCAUGCAACAUAUAAGGCCAAAAUUUCUUCACUAAUAUCUUAUCUUCGGUUGUGGUUUCUUCUUCUCAAUUUCUCAAACAAAAUAUCAAAUUGAAACAAAACUAAGAGUGCCAAUUCUGCAGGGAAAGAGGGAAGGAAAAAUGGCUUCCACAGCACAAUUACAAUCUCCUCAAACCUUAAUUUCAAAAAUAAACUCCCCAUUAUCUUCAACAUUUCCAACAAAUAAGCCCAAAUCCAUAAACCUGAAUAUUUUGUACUCACUCCCAUCAAAUAAAACGUUUCUUCGAGUAGAAUCUUCAAGCACAGCCAACUACAAUGAGGUGGUUGUGCAUGAUGAAGAGAUGGACAAAAUUAGGAGGCUACAGAACGGCUCCGACGUCCGCGGGGUGGCUCUACAAGGCGAAAAGGGGCGGACGGUCGACUUAACGCCUCCGGCGGUGGAGGCGAUCGCCGAAAGUUUCGGUGAAUGGGUGGUGGAGAAGUUGGAGAAAGAGACAAAAAAUGGUGGAAAAGUUGAGAAUGUUAGGGUAUCACUCGGGCGUGACCCUAGAAUUUCAGGGUCGGCUUUGAGUGUGGCUGUUUUUGCGGGACUUUCUCGGGCAGGUUGUCUUGCUUUUGACAUGGGAUUGGCCACUACUCCGGCUUGUUUCAUGAGUACAUUGUUGCCUCCUUUUCAAUAUGAUGCUUCAAUUAUGAUGACAGCUUCACACUUGCCUUACACAAGGAACGGCCUGAAAUUCUUCACCAAGAAUGGAGGGCUAACAUCUCCAGAUGUUGAGGAAAUAUGUGACAGAGCUGCUCGCAAGUACGCUAAUCGGCUUGCCAAGGUUUCAACCGCACUCAAGACUUCCCCACAAAGAGUGGAUUUCAUGAGUACUUAUGCUAAACACCUUAGAGAUAUCAUCAAGGAAAGAGUCAAUCAUCCCUUGCAUUAUGAAACUCCUCUUGAAGGAUUUCAGAUAAUCGUGAAUGCUGGGAAUGGAUCAGGAGGUUUCUUCACCUAUGAUGUUCUAGACAAGCUAGGAGCAGACACAUUUGGCUCGCUUCACCUUAACCCCGAUGGAAUGUUCCCAAACCACAUUCCCAACCCUGAGGACAAAACCGCAAUGGCCUUAACAAGGGCAGCUGUUCUUCAAAACAAAGCUGAUCUCGGCAUAGUUUUCGACACCGAUGUGGAUCGCAGCGGCGUUGUUGACAGCGCCGGAAAUCCCAUCAAUGGUGACAAGCUCAUUGCCCUGAUGUCGGCCAUUGUCCUCAAAGAGCAUCCCGGCACGACGAUCGUUACCGACGCUCGGACGAGUAUGGCGUUGACUAGGUUCAUUACGAGCAAAGGAGGUCAGCAUUGUUUGUACAGGGUUGGAUACAGGAAUGUGAUUGACAAAGGAGCUCAGCUUAAUAAGGAUGGGAUUGAGACUCAUCUUAUGAUGGAAACUUCUGGUCAUGGUGCCCUCAAAGAAAAUUAUUUCCUUGAUGAUGGAGCUUACAUGGUUGUGAAGAUCAUUAUUGAAAUGGUGAGAAUGAAACUUGAAGGCUCAAGUGAAGGGAUAGGAAGCCUUAUAAAAGACCUUGAAGAACCCUUUGAAUCCGCGGAGUUGAGGAUGAAUGUCAUCUCUGAACCAAGGUUUGCAAAAGCCAAAGCAGUUGAGGCUAUUGAAACUUUUAGAACCUACAUUGAGCAAGGCCAAUUGCCUGGGUGGGAGUUAGACUUCUGUGGAGAAUGUUGGGUGAGUGAAGGGUGCCUUGUGGACACCAAUGACAAUCCAGCUGCCAUUGAUGCUCAUAUGUACAGGGCUAAAGUUUCAGAUGAAGAGAAUGAAGAAUUUGGGUGGAUACACGUUCGGCAGAGCAUUCAUAAUCCAAACAUUGCAGUCAAUUUGCAGUCCAACAAACCUGGAGGUUGCCAAUUGAUGUCAAGAGUUCUCAGAGACAAGUAAUCAUUUCAUGGAUGCACCCUAUAUCUCAACCUCUAUACUUGUCUUCACGACUUUAAUUUGGAUUUCAUGAGUUGACUUUAUCAAUCUGUUGAUUUGAUUCAGGUUUCUCUUGGCCAGUGGGAUGGACAGAGUUCUCGAUAUCAGUCAGAUUGACAAGUUCGCCUCAACUGGAAACAUAUGACAAUUUGCGAAUCUUCAUUCUUCACAGAAAAAAAAAAAUCAAAAAUCAGGCUUAUUGUUGCCACAUAUAUAUCGAUGUAACACGGGAAAAAGUCUGUCAACAAAUUCUCUGUUUGCUGAUAUUGUACAGUUUUAGCACAGCAAAAUGAACAACCAUGUAUAUUGAAUACACCCCUACAAAUGGAAGUCUGAAUAACCCUUUUUUCUUUUUUUCUUUUUUUUUUGGUGACAAAACUCACUAGAUAAGAGAUAAAAGGACCCUAUGUGCCAAUAGUACGACGACAAUCGUUUUGGAACGGAGGGAGGAAUUCAGGUUAUGGUAUUUGAAGUUUGAGAAGGGAAUGAGGUGAUGUUGUUGAGAACAUACGCAUCAACAAUGCUGAUAAGUUCACUUGCAAAGUCAACCAUACCAAUACCAUCAGGGCCUAAAACAUCCGGACUCUGCUUUUCAUAUUCAUAUGUGAUUACCAAGAAUGUUUUCUGGCCUUGUGAUUCCAUAUGGAGAGUAACUUUGAAGCUCUUAUAAUGUUUCAUCAGAUCACCCACCAGAUCGUAAGUUAUCGACAUGUUUUUCGCAUCCGAAGCUACGAUUUUCUCCGUUGAAAUCACUGUUUCUCCGUUUGCUGCACAAAGGGGAUAAGAUAAACAACUACUUGAUUAAGAAACAGAGGGAACCAUCUUUUUCUUCAUUGUUUGAACUUUGAACAUUAUUAAUUCAAUCAAAACUUACCCAUCUGGUAAUGAACAACAAUAGUACAACCCACUUCACCCCAGUUUCCAUCAAGAAUUUCAAGCACAGGGAGUCUCUCUGGGCAGAUUUUGGGAAGAAUUUCCUUCUUGGAGCCGUAGAAUAUUUCAGGGAAAGCAUUUCCAGGGGACUUAAUCUCCUGUCUAAACUGCAGCUUUCCGCUAAGACCCAUUGUUCUCAAUGACCAAAAAGAACGUAAUGAAAUUGAAGUGCUUUUGUUUCCUUCUUAUGCUAAACACCUUCGGGACAUCAUCGAGGAAAGAGUUAUAUAUCACCACUUGCAUUAUGAAACUCCUCUUGAAGGAUUUCAGGUUUGUACUUUUUUUUUUUUUUUGGUUUGGCCUCAUUAAUUUGUGGA